AUGCCGCCCAGGGGAAGGUGCUUCCUGGUCACGCUUCUGGUGCUGGCCACAGCCCUCGGCGCACGAGCCUCCAUUGCCGCCCCCGUGAUCACCAAUGUCGAGCCCGGGAACCAGCAGGUCACCCUCAGCUACCAGCGCAUCCCGACCAGCGUACCCCCCGUCCGGCAGAUGUCGAUCGCGUGCACCGACACCCGCAUCACCCCCGACCCACAGAACGCAGAACAGCAAGUCUCGGUGCUGCCCAACGCCACCUCCGUGACCAUCACCGGUCUGACCAACGGCAUCUACUACACCUGCACACUCAAGGCUAGGGCCUGGACCUCCAACAGCCUGUUUGCGCCCGUGACCCAGUCCCCCACCUCCGAGUCCUCCCCCGCCUUCAUGCCCACGGCCGCGCCCAUCAACAUCGACCUGGAGCCGGGCCAAGAUGGCACCUCCAUCACGGUCAGGUUUGACCCGCCCAAGGACGGCGCCGCCGCCAUCUCCUACUACGUCGUGGCCUGCGCCCCGACUGCGGCCAACUCUGGCGCCGUCAGCCCCGCCAGCCGAGUGGUGCCCGCCUCCAAUGCCACCCUGGCGUCUGAGGUCAAGGGUCUGACCACGGCCGUGGAGUACAAGUGCGGGGUGCAGGCGCGGAGUUCCACCUCUAGCAGCUCCACCGCAUCAGCCUCCGUGGUCACUGGCACCACCAACACGCCGCGCAUCACCGGGACCCGGGUGUCUGGCAACACCGUCACGCUGACCUUCACGGCGCCCACAAACCCCAACCUGGGACCCGUGGCCUCCUACGCGCUCUCUUGCCUCCCCGAGGGCAGCGUGUCGGCGAUGAGUGGCCCCGCCGACAGCACAGCAAACGAGCUCAGCGGUAGUGUGGGCUCCGCAUCGGUGUCGGGCCUGACCCCGGGCAAGUACAUCUGCACACUGACCGCCACCAUGUCCAACAGCAAGAAGUACUCCGCCUCCACGAGCGUCACCGUGCCGUCUCUGGCCUCCGCCACGCCCGCCCCUGCCCCGACCGAGUGUCCGACCGUCUCUGCCGCAAGCACCAGCCCCAGCCCCGUCGCCCCCGCGGCGGAGUCACCCGCCAGUGGGGCGUAUGGUGUCACUGGAGCAGUGGCUACCCUGGUCAUGGCUGGCUUCUCUGCCCUGCUCCUCAUCCUGUAG